AUGAACUUGACGCCGUUCGAGCAGCUACCCAACGAAAUGAAGCUCGAGAUCAUCUCGUACCUCUCGAUCAGGGAUAUCAGAGAAGUAGUCAGAGUCAAUCGGGGAUUUUUCAAUCUCGUGAGCCACAAGGGCAACCGAAACUUCUUAGCCCAAGCAAGAGUCACCGACAGCCUCGAGCGAUUCCAUAACGCGAUCCACGAACAACUUACCGUCGUCAACUUGCCCUUCAUUCCUGCUCUAGAUUAUUUUUUCGAGCGUCGCGGGUUGUCGGAGUCACGGGAGAAGCGCAUUCGAGAAGCAUUUGUGUUUGCCAGUCUUCGUUUGCGGAAGAGCCCAGCUUGUCGUCCAGAUGAGAGGUUGAUAACACAGACGAGAGACUUGGCGCUGGAACUGAUCGACUUGCACGUUAACUGGCAUCUGGUCACUGUGCCGUCCGCAUCUCACCGUGUGUCUGGAAUUCGCCUUGGUCACCCCGUAUAUCGGCGACAAUUCGUGGGCGGCGCAUGGCGAUAG